AGGUAGGACUCAGGAACAACUAGGUUAGUGGAGUGGCUUCCUCAGUGUUGCUAAAUUUUACUUUCCGAAUAGCUCCUCAUACCAUUAAUAAUAAAAUGGGUCCAGAAGUGGCUGUGGAGGUGAUCAACGGUAAGGUCUCAGCUCAUGUGAAUGGUGGGACUACAUACUCUUCUAGUAAAAGGGCUUACGUAACUUUCUUAGCUGGUAAUGGUGAUUACGUGAAAGGGGUGGUGGGAUUGGCCAAGGGCUUGAGGAAAGUGAAGAGUGCUUACCCACUUGUGGUGGCAAUACUGCCUGAUGUGCCUGAAGAACACCGUCACAUUUUAAGGUCUCAGGGUUGCAUCGUCCGAGAGAUUGACCCCAUCUAUCCACCUGAAAAUCAGAUUCAGUUUGCCAUGGCUUAUUAUGUCAUCAACUACUCUAAGCUCCGUAUUUGGAAUUUUGUGGAGUACAGCAAGAUGAUGUAUUUGGAUGCGGAUAUUCAAGUGUUCGAAAACAUAGAUCAUCUAUUUGAUAUGGAUGAUGGGUACUUCUACGCUACGAUGGAUUGCUUCUGUGAGAAAACAUGGAGCCACUCAGUGCAGUUCAAGAUUGGAUAUUGCCAACAGUGCCCUGAUAGGGUUAAAUGGCCAGCUGAGAUGGGUCCUCCUCCACCCUUGUAUUUCAACGCUGGCAUGUUCGUGUUCGAGCCCAGUUCUUUAACCUAUCAAAACCUUCUUCACACUCUCAAAAUUACUCCACCCACUCCUUUUGCAGAACAAGAUUUCUUGAACAUGUUCUUUGAAAAAGUGUUCAAGCCAAUACCCCUUGAAUACAACCUUGUUUUGGCCAUGUUAUGGCGUCACCCAGAGAACGUCGAUUUCAACCAAGUAAAGGUGGCGCACUAUUGUGCUGCUGGAUCGAAACCAUGGCGUUUCACUGGCAAGGAAGCUAACAUGGAUCGAGAAGACAUUAACAUCUUGGUGACCAAAUGGUGGGAGAUAUACAACGACGAGUCACUCGACUACAAGCCCGAAAACGCACUUACUGCUAAUGACGAAGACACUAAUUUCUCAAGGACCUCAUCGAUCAUGGCUUCAAUGCCAGAGCCAAGGAUGGCCUACAUUCCAGCACCCUCUGCUGCCUGAACGUCGAUAUCUUAGAGUACUAUUAUAUGAUCUAUGAACAAACUUCUCUCUUCGAAGUUGGUGUGCUCCUACCUAAUUUUGGUACCUCGGCCUAGUCCUUCAAUAUACUCUUUUCUUUCAGGCUGUUUAUUUUUACUAGUUAUGAAUCAAGAAUUAAUUAAUACUCU